CUAUUUUAUACUCAACCUUUGAAUAUAUAUAUUUUUUAACAAUAAUAACAAUAGACAUUGGACAAACCUGCAAACGCACGUUCCCAGAAACUAGUACUAUAUAUAGGUGGAAACAUCAUAUGAAUUGAGAGCAUCACUUCUUGAUGGAACUGACAAAAGUAUUACACAUUUUUAUUGCAUUUUUCUUCUUGUUCUUUUCUAUUAACUCUCAAAGUCAUCCUUUAGACCCUCUUAAUCCUGAUGAAAUCAACAAAAUUAGAGUCAUUAUCCAAAAAUCCCACCUUUCCAAUGUAACAUUUCAUGAUGUAGAUCUUGAUGAACCAGAAAAGAAUGAUGUCCUCAAUUGGCUUUCCUUUCAUAAAUCAAACAAUGCCUCUUUUCCUUAUCGUCGAGCCAGGGUAGUAGUUCGCGCUAAUGGUGAGUCCUAUGAACUCACACUAGACUUGGCUGCUAGCUCUAUCAUAUCACAAAAGUUGUACUCAGGUCAUGGCUUUCCUCGUUUUACUCUCAAUGAACUUAGACAGGCCAUCAGCCUGCCAUUGAGUAGUCCUGAAUUUCAAGAUUCGAUAUCACGAAGGGGCUUGAAUAUAUCUGAAGUCAGCUGCAUACCACUAUCAGUUGGAUGGUUUGGUCAGGCAAAGACUAGAAGAGUUCUUAAUGUUCCAUGUUUGUAUCGCGGAGGGACUACUAACAUUUGGACAAGGCCUAUUGAAGGAAUCACUAUACUAGUAGAUAUUGAAUCAAUGAAGAUCAUCCAGUAUUUGGAUAGAUUCAGGGCCCCCUUGCCUGAAGCAAGAGAUGCUGAUUUCAAUUCAUCGAGCCAGGGAUCAGUUACUUGCAAUGAAACAGGAUCCUCCAGGAUAAACAUCCAAGGUCAUGAAGUUAGUUGGGCUAAUUGGAAAGUUCAUGUUGGAUUCAAUACUAGAGCAGGGAUGAUCAUAUCUACAGCUUCUAUAUUCGAUGCUGUGAGAAAUGAAUAUCGACGUGUGCUUUAUAGAGGUCAUGCCUCUGAGAUAUUCGUGCCUUACAUGGAUCCUACGUUUGAAUGGUACUACAGGACAUUUUUUGAUAUUGGUGAAUAUGGUUUUGGGGGAUCGGCUAGUACCCUUGUCCCGUCAUUGGACUGUCCAAACAAUGCGGUGUAUAUGGAUGGUUACAUGGCUGAUUCAGAAAGUCAAGUAGUACAAAUCCCUCGAGCUAUUUGCAUUUUUGAACGAUAUGCUGGCGAUGCUGCAUGGAGGCAUACAGAAAACGGAAACACCAAGGGACAGAAAGAAGUUAACUUGGUGAUCAGAAUGGUAGCAACAGUUGGAAAUUAUGACUAUAUACUUGAUUGGGAGUUCAAACAAAGUGGAUCUAUUAAAGUUGGAGCAAGUCUGACAGGGAUUAUGGCGAUGAAGGCUGUGAAAUUCACGAACAAAGAUCAAAUAAAUCAGGAUGUUUACGGUACUCUUGUGGCAGAAAACAUAGUUGCAGUGAACCAUGAUCAUUUCCUUACGUACCGCAUUGAUCUUGAUGUGGAUGGUAGUAAAAAUUCAUUCUUGAAAGCCAAACUGAAAACUACAAGAGUGAAAGAUCAGAAAACGUCACCAAGGAAGAGUUAUUGGAGUGUUGUUAAAGAAACAAUGAAAACAGAAUCUGAAGGCAGGACGCAAAUUGGGACUGAAGCAGCUGAUUUGUUGUUUGUUAAUACUGUAAAAAAGAGUAAACUUGGAAAUGAAGUAGGUUAUAAGCUAAUUCCUAGUAGACCAUCAAUUUCUUUGUUAACAGAUGAUGAUUAUCCUCAAAUUAGAGCAGCUUAUACUAAGUAUCAACUGUGGGUGACUCCUUACAACAAGUCAGAGAGAUGGGCAGCUGGAUUUUAUGCUGAUAGAAGUCAUGGUGAUGAUGGUCUCACAGUCUGGAGUGGCAGGAAUAGAUCAAUUGAAAAGGAGGAUAUUGUGCUAUGGUACACACUUGGAUUUCAUCAUGCACCUUGCCAAGAAGAUUAUCCUAUAAUGCCAACAAUCAAUGAUGCUUUUGAACUCCGGCCCACAAAUUUCUUUGAAAGAAACCCAUUGUUGGACUACUACAUGUUAUAUGAAGGAGAAAAUGAGCGAGACUGGGAGAGAGAGGAGGAAAAAGUGGCAGAAAGAAUUGAGAGCAUCACUUCUUUGAUGGAACUGAUAAAAGUAUUACACAUUUCUUUUGCAUUUUUCUUCUUGUUCUUUUCAAUUAAUUGUCAAAGUCAUCCUUUGGACCCUCUUAAUCCUGAUGAAAUCAACAAAAUUAGAGUCAUUAUCCAAAAAUCCCACCUUUCCAAUGUAACAUUUCAUGAUGUAGAUCUUGAUGAACCAGAAAAGAAUGAUGUCCUGCAUUGGCUUUCAAAUCAUAAGUUACACAAUGCAUCUUUUCCUUAUCGUCGAGCCAGGGUAGUAGUUCGCGCUAAUGGUGAGUCCUAUGAACUCACACUAGACUUGGCUGCUAGCUCUAUCAUAUCACAAAAGUUGUUCUCAGGUCAUGGAUUUCCUCCUUUUACUUCCAAUGAAGCUAUACAGUCUAGCAUCCUGCCAUUGAGUAAUCCUAAAUUUCAAGAAUCGAUUUCACGGAGGGGCUUGAAUAUAUCUGAAGUCAGCUGCAUACCACUAUCAGUUGGAUGGUUUGGUCAGGAUAAGACCAUUAGAGUUCUUAGUCUUCCAUGUUUUUAUAGCGGAGGGACUACUAACAUUUGGGCAAGGCCUAUUGAAGGAAUCACUAUACUAGUAGAUGUUGAAUCAAUGAAGAUCAUCGAGUAUUUGGAUAGAUUCAGGACCCCCUUGCCUGAAGCAAAAGAUGCUGAUUUCAAUUCGUCGAGCCAGGGAUCAGUUACUUGCAAUGAAACAGGAUCCUCCAGGAUAAAAAUCGAAGGUCAUGAAGUUAGUUGGGCUAAUUGGAAACUUCAUGUUGGAUUCAAUACUAGAGCAGGGAUGAUCAUAUCUACAGCUUCUAUAUUCGAUGCUGUGAGAAGUGAAUAUCGACGUGUGCUUUAUAGAGGUCAUCCCUCUGAGAUAUUCGUGCCUUACAUGGAUCCAACAUUUGAAUGGUACUACAGAACAUUUAUGGAUGCUGGUGAAUAUGGUUUUGGGAGAGCGGCUAGUACCCUUGUCAAGUCGUUGGACUGUCCAAACAAUGCGGUGUCUAUGGAUGGUUACAUGGCUGAUUCAGAAAGUCAAGUAGUACAAGUCCCUCGAGCUAUUUGCAUUUUUGAACGAUAUGCUGGCAAUGCUGCAUGGAGGCAUACAGAAAACGAAAACACCAAGGGACAGAAAGAAGUUAACUUGGUAAUCAGAAUGGUAGCAACAGUUGGAAAUUAUGACUAUAUACUUGAUUGGGAGUUCAAACAAAGUGGAUCCAUUAAAGUUGGAGCAAGUCUAACAGGGAUUAUGGAGAUGAAGGCUGUGAAAUAUACGAACAAUGAACAAAUAAACCAGGAUGUUUACGGUACCCUUGUGGCAGAAAACACAAUUGCAGUGAACCAUGAUCAUUUCCUUACGUACCGCAUUGAUCUUGAUGUGGAUGGUAGUAAAAAUUCAUUCUUGAAAGCCAAACUGAAAACUACAAGAGUGAAAGAUCAGAAAAUGUCACCAAGGAAGAGUUAUUGGAGUGUUGUUAAAGAAACUAUGAAAACAGAAUCUGAAGGCAGGACACAACUUGGGAUUGAAGCAGCUGAAUUGUUGUUUGUUAAUACUGAAAAAAAGAGUAAAAUUGGAAAUGAAGUAGGGUAUAAGCUAAUUCCAAGUAGACCAACAAUGUCUUUGUUAACAGAUGAUGAUUAUCCUCAAAUUAGAGCAGCUUAUACUAAGUAUCAACUGUGGGUGACUCCUUACAACAAGUCAGAAAGAUGGGCUGCUGGAUUUUAUGCUGAUACAAGUCAUGGUGAUGAUGGACUCACAGUCUGGAGUGGAAGGAAUAGAUCAAUUGAAAAGGAGGAUAUUGUGCUAUGGUACACACUCGGAUUCCAUCAUGUACCUUGCCAAGAAGAUUAUCCUAUAAUGCCAACACUCUAUGAUGCUUUUGAGCUCCGUCCAACAAAUUUCUUUGAAAGAAACCCAUUGUUGGACUACAUCAAGUUUUCUCAAGUUAAAAGUAUUUUCCAUAAGAUUCCAACAAUUCAUUGUGUAAAAAUGGUUUCUUGGAAAAUCCUGUUGUGGUUUGUCUCAAUUUAUGUUACAUUUAUUAGCUCUUUCUGUCAAGAAACUACCAAUAUUGUCCCUCUUGGUUCCCAUCUCACAGCUGGAACUGCAUCUUCACACUGGCUUUCAUCCUCUGGAGAUUUUGCUUUUGGUUUCUACCAUCUUAACACUACUGGACUCUUCCUUGUUGGCAUAUGGUUUGAUAAAAUCCUCGAUAGACCUCUCGUUUGGUCAGCCAAUCGCGAUGAUCCAGUUCAUGCUGGAUCAAAGGUUAAUCUGACGUUGAGUGGACGCCUCGUAUUGACAGAUACUAAUGGUAGAGAGUUCGUUUUGUACAAUGGCACAGGCACUAGUCAUGCUGCUAUGCAAGACGAUGGAAAUUUCGUCCUGAAAAAUUCAUCCUCAGGUGUCUUGUGGGAAAGCUUUGAUUUUCCAACAGAUACAAUUUUGCCUGGUCAACAUCUUGAUAUGGGGCAGGCGCUGUUUUCCAGUGCCAAUGGGACAGUAGAUUACUCGACGGGGAAGUAUAGACUAGAGGUGCAGAAGAGAGAUGGGAAUGUCGUCUUGUCUGCAUAUAGAACUGCUGAUAUUGGCUACUGGAAUUCUAUAACUGCAAACAAUAAUAAUGUAAGACUGGUCUUCGACAACAACAGUGAUACUUUGUUCAUUACAAAUGGAAGCUCAAUCAUAUCCAACAUGACAUGGACAGCCAACUUGCCUGAUUCAGUUCGAGAUUAUUACCACAGAGCUAUGAUCACUGAUAAAGGAGAUUUCCAACAGCUCUUCCACAGAAAAGUAAAUGGGAGCGGUUGGAAUAUUGCGAUGCAAGUUAUCGUGAAGCCUUGUAUUGUGAAUAACAUUUGUGGUGUAUAUGGCUUUUGCCAAUCACCUGAUAAUAAGGAAGUCAAUUGUAGUUGCUUGCCAGGCUAUUCUCCAAGGGAUCAGUACAAUCCAUCUAAAGGAUGUUAUCCGAAUGAAAUGAAAGAUUAUUGUGAUCCGAAUUCUUCCCUUUCGGAUGUCUACGUUGAAAGGAUCUCUAAUACUGAUUUCCCUAAUAGGAUGUAUUCUGAACUAGAAAGGGUAUUUGAAACUACAGAGGAGCUUUGCAGGCAGGAAGUGUUGAAUGAUUGUCUUUGUGAGGCAGCUGUGUUUAAUGAUUCAACAUGUUUCAAGAAGAGGAUGCCAAUACAGAAUGCCAGAAGUAUUAAUCCUGAUACAAAUAACAUGGUUGCAUUUCUUAAAAUUAGCAACUCUUCGAAAACUCAAACCAAAAAGCAUCCUGUAUCAAAGGGUGUUUUGGUAGCAGGUGUGACAGUAUGUUCAGUACUCGCUCCGCUUUUUGCAGCAAUUGCUAUAUAUUAUCACCCUUUUGUGAAGAAAUAUAGAGAUGCCAAAACCCCUCCUAAAAGAAAGGCAAUUGAGAUGAAUUUAAGGGCAUUUUCGUUCCAGCAGCUGCACGAAGCUACCAACGGUUUCAAGAAUAAAUUAGGCCAAGGAGCUUCCGGUGCUGUUUAUAGCGGAAUUCUCAAGUUAGAGGAUGAAGAAGUUGAAGUUGCUGUGAAGAAAUUAGGAAAUGGAAUUGAACAAGGUGAUGAUAAAGAAUUUUUGGCAGAAGUAAGGGUGAUAGGCCUAACACAUCACAAAAAUCUGGUACAUUUGUUAGGCUUCUGCAACGAAAAAACCAACAGGCUUGUUGUUUAUGAAUUAAUGAAAAAUGGGGCUGUGUCAAAUAUUAUCUUUUGCGAUGGGCAAAAACCAAGAUGGAAGCUAAGAUGUGACAUAGUACUUGACAUUGCCAGAGGCCUGUUAUACUUGCAUGAAGAGUGCGAGAACCAGAUCAUUCAUUGCGACAUUAAGCCACAAAAUAUCCUUCUUGACAAGAACAACAUUGCAAAAAUUGCUGAUUUUGGUCUUGCAAAGCUUCUUAUGAAAGACCAGACGCGAACAAACACGAAUUUUAGAGGAACCAUGGGUUAUAUGGCACCAGAAUGGCUCAAAAACAUGCCCGUCACAACCAAAGUUGACAUCUACAGCUUUGGUGUGUUGCUGCUUGAGAUUAUUUUCUGCCAAAGGCACAUGGACUUGAACCCAAUCGGCCAAGAAAAUGAAGAGCUCGAGUUGAUCUUAGUCGAUUGGGUUCUUCAUUGCGUGAGAAACGAGAAGCUGAGAGCUGUUGCUACUCUUGAUGAAGAAAUUAUGUUACAUUUUAACAAUUUUGAGAGGAUGACUAUGGUUGGCCUAUGGUGCUUGUGUCCUGAGCCGAAUCUACGACCAUCUGCAGCAAAGCUUGUUCAGAUGUUGGAAGGAACUAUAGAACUAGGUGUUCCUCCUAUGGUUGAUACAACUAUAUGAGUCAUUUUCUGUAUUAUCUUGUAAUUUUUUCAACAAUUAAGUGUCCUUCUGUUUUAUUAGUCAUUAGACCUUAGUUGGAUUUCAGUGUUUUUUCUCAUAAUUCUCUGGUGCAAAAGUUUGUGUUUUUUCUCUCAAGUGAGCUACACUUUUCCUUCUGAA